AUGGUCUUUCAUAAGCUUCUCCUGAGAGUUGUGGUGAUUGGGGCUUUUCUGGGUCGAUACCACAAUCACAUGGCAGAAGCUGUUGAUUCAAUGACGAAGCUUGGAUGUCGAAGUACUUGCGGAAACCUCUCUAUUCCAUACCCCUUCGGAUUGGCCGACAGUGAUCCCCAUUGCCGCAUCGAUCCUCCCUCAUUUGGAGUCAUUUGUGAUAACUCUAAAUACUUGACAUUUCUCUUGAGGACCACGAGAUACGACACUAAGAACAAUAUGUUCCCCAUAUCCAGCACUAAGAACAAGCUCACCGCCGUCGGUUGCAACAUGUGGGCAUUUUUCCAAGACCUCAAUUGGACGUCAUCUUUCGGGUGUACGUCUUGGUGCAGCAAUGUUUCUGAUGUCAGCAACGGGUCGUGUUUGGGUAUUGGUUGCUGUGAGACAAGCAUCCCUAAGAAUUCCUUCGGCUACGGAAUCAGAAUUGCGAACUUUUUGGAUCAUUCCGAUGUCGUGGAUUUCAAUCCUUGCAUCUCUGCCUUUGUCGCAGAAAUUGGCUCAUACAACUUCUCGGUUGGCGAUCUUAAGCAGCUUAAAUUUAAUACUUCCACUCUAAUUCUCGAUUCGGCAAUAGGAAAUCAAACAUGCGAGGACGCCAAGAAGAAUGGGACGAGCUACGUGUGCAAAAACAACACCGCUUGCACUGACGCCGAAAAUGGAUCCGGGUACAAGUGUAAUUGUUUACAAGGCUACCGAGGCAAUCCUUAUCUUGCAACCAGUUGUCAUGAUAUAGAUGAAUGUGCGGAUCCAGAGAAUUACCCAUGCCGAGGAAAAUGCCAUAAUGUUGACGGGAGUUAUACAUGUUUAUGCCCAAAGGGUUAUCACGGUAAUGGCACGAAGGACAGUGGGGAUGGACAAGGGUGCACUACUAAUUCAUUAUAUUUGAUGGAAAUUUUGGUUGGUAAGUUCUAA